CCAAUCAGACCUGGUGACUGGUCCCAGUUUCUCGAACACUGGAGUUGUCAUGAGGAAUUAUGGCGGAGUUGUUGUUGUCUGACAAGUUGCACAUCACGGUCUAUGUGGUGGCCAUUGUGACUGGGCUGCCCUUUAACCUGCUGGCCCUGUAUGCCUUCCUGGGCAGGGCCAAGCGCAAAGCUGCUCCCGAUGUCAUCUUCCUCAUCAACCUGACCAUCUCCGACCUGGCCUUCCUCCUCUUCCUGCCUUUCAAGAUCCUGGAGUCAGCGAGGGGCAGCAUGUGGACUCUGCCCACCUUCCUGUGCCCGCUCAGCAGCCUGUUCUACUUCAGCGCUGUCUACGGCAGUAUCCUGUUCCUGACAGCCGUCAGCGUGGAGCGCUACCUGGGGGUUGCCUUCCCCAUCCAGUACAACCUGUACCGCAAGCCCACCUACGCCCUGUUGGUCAGCGUCCUGCUCUGGGUCUGUGCCUUCUCCCAUUGCAGCAUCGUGUACAUCGUGGAAUACCAGAAGGUCACCAACUCCAGCAGGAACCAGACUGUGUGUUACAGUAACUUCACCCACAGCCAGCUGGUCGUCCUACUGCCACUCCGGCUGGAGCUGGGCAUCGUGCUGUUCUGCCUACCCUUCCUGAUCACCACCUUCUGUUACAGCAGCUUCAUCCGGAUCCUGCUCUCCUCCCCCCACAUCAGCUACGGGAAGAAGCAGCGUGCCGUCGGCCUGGUGCUGGCCACCUUGCUGGUCUUCCUGAUCUGCUUCGCCCCCUACAACAUCUCCCACUUUGUGGGCUUCAUCCAGCAGAGCAGCCCACCCUGGAGGACUGACGCCCUGCUGCUCAGCACCUUCAACACCAGCCUGGACCCCAUCAUCUUCUACUUCUCCUCCACCGCCGUCAAGCAGACCUGUAGGUCCUGCCUGAGCAGUCUGUCUCGGGAGCUCAGCUCCUUCAAACCCUUCCAGAUCCUGCUCAGCUUCCUUCGCAAACGCAAUGAAGCUCUCAGGGCAGACUCCUUCCACCAGACCUAG